CUCUCUCUGAUCUUCUCCUCUUCAUCCAUUAAGUCUUUCACUUCACAAUUCAAUCUCUUUCUCUCUCUCUAUAUUCAGACACAUUUAUCUCUCUCUAUAUAUAUAAUAAUAGUAAUAAUCUAUUUAACGUGUUAUUCGAUUUUAAUCGGAGAUAACCUCAAGUGAUGGCGGCGACGGCGGUUCCGCCACCAGCGGUGCAAACUCAGGCGGAAACGACGACGGUCGGAGCGACACCACCGCCGACUCCGCAGGUGGCAAUGGGAGGUGGUGGUAACGGUAGUGGUGGUGUUGGUGUGACGACUAGUACGAACUAUGCCCUGUACGUAGGGGAUCUGGACACGUCAGUGGAAGAAGGACAACUGUAUGAGGUGUUUAACCACGUGGCACAAGUCGUGUCCGUUAGGGUUUGCAGGGAUCAAUCGGGCCGGUUCUCCCUCGGUUACGCUUAUGUCAAUUUCGCUUCUCCACAUGAUGCUGCUACUGCUAGGGAGUUAUUGAAUUUUAGUCAGUUGAAUGGAAAACCUAUGAGGAUAAUGUUUUCUCAUAGAGAUCCUAGUCUGCGGAAGAGCGGAUAUGCAAAUGUUUUCAUUAAGAAUCUGGACUCGUCAAUUGAUAACAAGGCAUUGUAUGACACUUUUGCUGCCUUUGGAACGGUUCUUUCCUGCAAGGUAGUUGUUGAUAGUAAUGGUCAGUCAAAAGGAUAUGGAUUUGUGCAAUUUGAUCAGGACGAAGCCGCACACAAUGCAAUCAAGCGUCUAAAUGGUAUGUUGAUAAAUGAUAAACAAGUCUAUGUUGGCCACUUCAUCCGUCGACAAGAAAGGAGUCAAGCAAAUGCCUCUGAUAAAUUCACAAAUGUGUAUGUGAAAGACCUUCCUGAAACUACCACUGAUGAGGAUCUUAAGAAGCUUUUUGAGAAGUAUGGAACCAUCACCAGUGCUGUAGUUAUGAAAGACAAAAAUGGGAAGUCCAAGUGUUUUGGCUUCGUCAAUUAUGAGAGCUCGGAUGCUGCAGCCUCUGCUGUUGAACAGUUGAGUGGCAGUUCCUUGAAAGAAAAAGUUCUGUAUGUAGGCAAGGCCCAGAAGAAAUCAGAACGCGAAGCAGAACUGAAAGCCAAAUUCGAACAAGAAAGAGCUAGACGAUUUGAGAAACUAAAAGGUGCUAACUUGUAUUUGAAAAAUCUCGACGACAGUGUGAAUGAUGAAAAUCUGAAAGAGUUAUUCUCGGAGUAUGGAACCAUAACGUCCUGCAAGGUGAUGCGCGACUCAAAAGGGGUGAGCAAGGGUUCUGGCUUUGUUGCCUUCUCCACCCCCGAGGAAGCUACACGAGCUUUGAACGAAAUGAAUGGCAAGUUGAUAGGAAAGAAACCUUUAUUUGUUGCUGUUGCCCAGCGCAAGGAUGAAAGAAGAGCAUGGCUACAGCAGGCACAUUUUGCUCGGAUGCGACCAGCUGGGGGGAUGGCUCCUCCUCCUAUGCCUGGGUUUCACAAUGGGGCACCUCGACUUGCUCCUCAGCAGGUCUACUUUGGUCAAGGUGCCCCAAGACUUAUAGCACCUCAAGCCGCUGGAUUUGGCUUCCAGCAACAACUCAUGCCUGGACUUCGUCCAGCUGUUGGCCCGAAUUUCCUCUUGCCCUAUCAGCUUCAGCAUCAAGGACAACACGGACGUGUUGGUAGAAGGAGAGGAGGGAAUACUCAACAGCAGCAGCAGUGGAACUCCGGUAGAUUCAAUCCCAAUGGACGAAAUGGCAUGCAUCCUAGCAUCACUCAAGGUAUGAUGGGACCAAUUAUGCCAGCGCCAUUUGAUGCUUCUGCUAUGACAUCAUCUACGUUGGACAUCCAACGCACUAACCCAGGGCCACCAUCAACACUUGCUUCUUCUUUGGCCUUUGCUUCUCCAGAAGAUCAGCAUCGGAUGCUUGGAGAGCAGUUAUUUCCACUUGUGGAACGCAUUGAACGUGAUCAUGCUGGUAAAGUUACUGGGAUGUUGCUUGAGAUGGAUCAAACUGAGGUGCUUCAUCUCAUCGAGUCCCCUGAUGCUCUCAAUAAGAAAGUUUCCGAGGCUAUGGAUGUUCUUCGCUUAGCAGGGCCAGGUUCUAGUGUUGGUGACAAAUUUGGAUCUCUCACCCUGAAUGGAUGAAGCAAAUUUUUAUUUUUUGGAAGGGGUAAUGGUGGCAGCGUUGGGAAUCUAUUACCUAGUUCUUUUGUGGGAUGGCUAUCAUCCUCUGUGGUUUGGCUAAGGCAGUAAAUGACAUUCUCUAUAGGCUUCUAACUUUAGCAAAGAGACCUUCUUGGAAUGAUAAACUAGGAAUUUGUUUUGCUUGAUCACAUUUUUUAUUAUUUUAUUUAUUUGUUUAUUUUUUGGUUUUU